CGAAAUGUGUGUUUUAAUGGAUACUGUUUUACAUGAGUUCAAAUGACAUAAACACCUAUUCGUGACAUAAAAUCUCUUAAUUCAGUGUCUUAAAAUAUGAACCAUUAUCAUAUGUGCACAACAAUAUGUGCAUAACAUUAAUGUUUAUGCAUAACAUUAUCGACAGAAUCACAAAACGAUAAGCCACUUCAAAAUGAUAUUUUCUUACAUAUUCACUCACUGAUUUGUAAAGAAAGUGAUAAGUAAGAGGUUUUUUUUUGCCUGUCGGAGUCCCAUUCCUCGGUCAAGUUUAGUGCGUUGUACUCCUCCCGGACCCGAUGGACAGUUCUUAUUGGUAGGUACGAACCGUUACAUCACCAAGCUUAUGACGCGCCGUCUUCCUGUUUCCUUCAGCUGUGUCUUAAAGUGAAUCUUGUUGGUGGAGGAGAGCUCGAGCAUCAAAGCUCUGCAUCGCGUGCGCCUCGGAGACACACACUCACACCAGCUGCUACGACAUCACCGCCACAGUCUUUCAGUCUCGAGAGGAGAGGAUAGAGGAGAGCGGCGGAAAAUAGCUAUUUUAUGUAUUUUUUUCUGUUCUACGCGCACGCUUAUCACUCACUUUACUCUUGCUCUUCCUUCCCCGAGCAAUUAUAAUAUUCAACGUCUCCCGGGGGAAGACUGCAUAUUCACUUUCAGCAGUAAAAAGGAGCUCGCUUUUCUCUUCAUCUGCGGGGUGUCAUUCAGCAGCGGUCCUAGAGGAGUGGCUUUGUGGGAUAUGGCCCAAUAGCAGCAGCCCGUGAUGCCGGACCAUGACAGCGACUCCCUCCUGAGCAGACAGACCAAGAGAAGACGUGUGGACAUCGGUGUGAAGAGGACAGUGGGCAGCACCGCCGCCAACACAGCAGCAGCUACAACCAGCGCCGACAUUGCCUGCGCCAAAGCAGCCAUCUUCAGUGCCAUGAACUCUCUCAACUCCCACCACCACAGCUCCGACGCAGACUCCACAGACUGUUCCAUGGUGCAGCCACACGGCCCCACUGGGGUCGUCACAGCAACCGACAACGACUCCAAGUCCAACGUGCUCCGGAAGCUCCUGAAGAGAGCCAACUCGUACGAAGAUGCCAUGAUGCCCUUCCCUGGUGCCACCAUCAUCUCCCAGCUCCUCAAGAGCAACAUGGCCAAGAAUGGAGGAGGAGAGAGAGGAGAGAGAGGAGAGAGAGGAGAGAGAGGGGAGAGAGGGGAGAGAGGAGAGAGAAGAGACGGGGGGUUCCCCGGGUCGGGCCUCUCAAGUGGGGGUUCCGAAGCCCCCCAGGAGGACGCCUGCAGUAACUCGUCUCAGGACAGCCCCCAAGAGUGCCUCUCCCCCUUCGGCCGCCCCUCGGCUCUGGGUGCCUUCGACCUAGAGCGCCUCAACGAUGAGCACCUGCGGGCCAAGCGCGCCCGCGUGGAGAACAUCAUCCGAGGCAUGAGCCACUCGCCCAGCGUGGUAGUGCCCGCACGCCAUCACGGAGAGCGGGACCGUGAACGGGAACAACGUGAACGGGAGAGGGAGCGAGAGAUGGACGGGAACAGGGAGAUGGAGAUGGACUGCCCCCCACAGCCGCCUAGCCCCAGGGGAGAGGUGUGCAGCCGGGAGAACAAGAGGAAGCAGCGCCUGCCCCAGCAGCAGCAGCAGAGCUUCACCCAGCUGGUGUGCCAGCGUAAAGAGCAAAAGCAGGAGGAGCGCAGGCAGCUGAAGCUGCAGCUGGAGGACAUGCAGAAGCAGCUGCGCCAGCUGCAGGAGAAGUUCUUCCAGAUCUAUGAUUCCACCGACGAUUCUGAGCACGACCUGGCUCACGACCUGGGCAACAUGUCUGAGGACAGCGCCGGGAGGUCCGAUGCUGGGGGAGAUGACCGGGCAGACCGCUCCGACAACGAGAUGUCAGACCUGGACCCAGGACACUUCCUGGACCGGGCCAGGGCAUUGCUCCAGGAGCAGGCCCUGCUGGCGGAGGGUAACAAGCCCAGGAGAGAGGGGCUGGUCCGGGGGAAAGGUCCUGGUCAGGGUCCUUCCUCCUCCAUGCACCAUGCGGAGGGCAAGCAGCUGGCUGAGACGCUGAAACAGGAGCUCAACUCAGCCAUGAACCAGGUGGUGGACACGGUGGUCAAGGUGUUCGCCAAGCCCCCACGCCCCGCACCCCCCCAGGUCUUCUCGCCCCUCCCCAUGCCCCCAGAGAGGUUCGGGGUCAACGGUGAGGGCCCCAACUUCCACACAGCCAACCAGCGCCUGCAGUGCUUUGGUGACGUCAUCAUUCCCAACCCCCUGGACUCGUUCGGUGGCAUGCCCAUGCCUGGCGCCAACGACCAGACAGAGGCGCUGCCCCUAGUGGUGAGGAAGACUCAGACAGAACACCAUCACCAGUCCUCAGCUGUGGGUGCCCACGGGGGCCACCACCACCCUUCCCUGCACCCCUCCUCCCUCUCUGCCUCCAUGGGAUUCAGCCCCCCGUCUUUCCGCCACCCCUUCCCCCUGCCUCUCAUGGGCUACCCCUUCCCGAGCCCCCUGGGCCCACCCUCCGGGGGUUACCCAGGGAAGGACCACUCCUCCCCAGACUCCAUGGACCUGUCCAGGGAGACCACCAGCCUGCGGACCAAGAUGUCUUCAGUGCAUCACAUGGGGCACCACCACAGGUCGCUCUCUCCCAGCCACCCCGGGAGCACCGCAGAGGGGCUCUCCCUGUCCCUCAUCAAGUCAGAGUGUGGAGACAUGAGCGACAUGAACGACAUCUCACCAUACUCAGGCAGCACCAUUCAGGAGGGUCUCUCCCCCAACCACCUGAAGAAGGCCAAGCUCAUGUUCUUCUACGCCCGCUACCCCAGCUCCAACAUGCUCAAGAUGUUCUUCUCCGACGUCAAGGUGAGCCACACCCAGACACCCCAACCUUUCACCUCUCACAUCAUAGCCCCCAGACGUUGCUCCUUGAAGCAGAAGUUGGAUUUGGGCACUGGUCCAGGAUCAGAUUACCCUCCCCCAAAUCCUACCCUUAAUUAUUUACCCAGUGGUUAUGGGGAGAUUUCCAUGAGGCCACUGUUAGGAUGUUGCUCUCACUGUGUUCUCCCUCACCAAGCCAUCAGGAGAACCAGGAGUAACGCCCCCUGUCUUCUGUGUGUGUGGGUGCAGGUUCCAGAGCGGUUCCUGGAGGUGGCUCAGAUCACGCUGCGUGAGUUCUUCAAUGCCAUCGUGGCAGGCAAAGACGUGGACCCAUCCUGGAAAAAAGCCAUUUACAAGGUGAUCUGCAAGCUGGACAGCGAUGUGCCCGAGGUCUUCAAGUCACCCAACUGUCUCCAGGAGCUUCUACAUGAGUAACCAUCCCUGCUCCGCCUCUGCCCCCCCCCCCGCCCGACGCUUUCUGCUUUUUCAGAUUUUCAUAUUUUUAUUUCUUUCCCUAUUCUAUGAUUUCCUGUUUUUUUGUUCAUGUAUGAAGUAUGAAGUAGCAUUCCGCCCCAUCUGAAGCCUCCUGGCCUGUUCCUAAAUGAUCUAACUAUUGUGUUGUUGUUAUUCCCAUGAUUAGGAUUAUUAUUUGUUUUUUAAAUGAUUCUGCUGAUCUGAAGAGACGUUGAUCCUAUUGGGUGUUUUGGACUGUGUGAACCCUGACCUUUCUGCCCUGAUUGACUAGAAACACUAGGGAGUGGCUUCCCACUAGCCUGUACCCUACCUACUCUAAGGAGGACCCUACAAUCCUAGUGUGGUCACCAAUAGACUUUGGCCACUACACUACAGAGGGGCCCUAUGUUACUGGGGUGCUCAAUAGGCUCACCCCACUGUGCAAGGUUGCUCCCUAAUAGGUGGUUCCCACUACUAUGGCUGUCCCAGGGAGGACAACACACUACACCAUGCUGCCUGCAGCCUAAUGACUUUAUUAACUGCUGGACAAUACUGGACUACUAGUACUGGUCUGGACUGGUAUACUGGUCUGGACUACUAGUACUGGUCUGGACUGGUAUACUGGUCUGGACUGGUAUACUGGUCUGGACUGGUAUACUGUACUGGUCUGGACUGGUAUACUGGUCUGGACUACUAGUACUGGUCUGGACUGGUAUACUGGUCUGGACUGGUAUACUGGUCUGGACUGGUAUACUGUACUGGUCUGGACUGGUAUACUGGUCUGGACUACUAGUACUGGUCUGGACUGGUAUACUGUACAGGUCUGGACUGGUAAACUCGUCUGGACUACUAGUACUGGUCUGGACUGGUAUACUGGUCUGGACUACUAGUACUGGUCUGGACUGGUAUACUUGUCUGGACUGGUAUACUGGUCUGGACUACUAGUACUGGUCUGGACUGGUAUUCUGGUCUGGACUACUAGUACUGGUCUUGACUGGUGUAUACUGGUCUGGACUACUAGUACUGGUCUGGACUGGUAUCAGCCACCUAAUGAGCUCUACCAUGAUGUUUUGAAGUGUGUUUUCUGCGAGUAGGGUAUUGUGUUUAUUGAGUGUAUAUUAUUCUUAUUCUUGUUGUUGUUAUUAUUAUUAUUUGUCAUCAUUGCUUGCUAAAGAUUGGCACAGAUUUGUUUGUCUCUUGACAACGUUACAGAAAAUAAAUUAUUAUUAAUAUUCCGAAAGAGUAUAAAUUCUCUACAUAUAAUUACUUUUCUCUGAGCAAUUUAGGCGCAAGCCUCUUUCUCAUUUCAUACCCCCCCCCCUCUGUCUGUUUGUGUGGGUCCAAGUUGUGUUUGAUCUUCUCUGCUGAUAAGGCAGACACUGGCGGAGGGAGUAGGCCUCAGUCCUGAGGCUCAAGUAAAAACAGAAGGGGAACAUGAGUCUCAACCCUAGGCUUUACACAAAUAGAAAACAAUGCUGUAAAAUUGAAGAGGUGUUGGUUUGGAACAUGGUGCAACCAGUGGCAGUGUACAAAUGCAGAGGUCUGUGGGCAGCGGCACACACACACACACACACACACAUGUACAAAUACAUACCACACGCGCACAGAGAAACACACACACAGAAACACGCAGCGUGUGACCUUUUGAGUGCAUUAAGACAGACCGGUUACUGUCUGACUUUAUGACUUGUCAUUGUUUCAAGGCCAUCCACAACGACUCCAGUGUUGAAAUAGCCCCGCACAUUUACCAUUCAGUCAGGAUUUCAUCAUUCAUUCAUACACACUACACAGUUGGUGGGACUUUAUUUUACAGUCCAAUGAGGAGCGGAAGCUACUUACUGCUACUUCAUUUAUUCCAAAUGAAAGAGAUGUGGUUAUGACCAGGGAUUAAAUGGUAUGCAGUGGUGCAUACAUCCCAGACAAACUAAAGUAUAAUUAUUAGCUCAUUAUUCUGUUGUUACCAUUGCCAGGUACUUUAAUACCAAGUAAACAUAGGUCUUUAAUAAAAGUACUGGAAAAUAAAGUGUACCCGGGAAGGCCCCAGUUUUCUCUGAGAUAAUGGCUUUUUGCAAUGCAAUUUAUCUCAGCAACAUAAAUAGUAAAACUAUUUCAUUCUGUGAUGAAGUUAAUGACAAGGUUAACUAUGUGAACAAAUAUGAAGCUACUUUCCAAGCAAAUUAAAAGUUUAUAUAAUAUUUUACUACAAAGCACUGUACUAAUAUUUGAUGGAAUUGUAUUUAAAAACAGUGAAAUGAAUAGAUAGGUAAAUAAACAAAUGGAUAGUCAAAUAUUAAAGUGAGGAGAGAUGUAUAUUUUCCAGACCAUGUCAGCUGACCAGAAAAAAACAGAUUCUAUCUAUAGCCUAAAACGGUGGCCUCGAGUCUUACCUUGUCAGCUCACAAGGUCAGGGAAAAACUGAGAGAAUAGAGACACACAGAUGUUCAUUAAUAGUAAUUGUAUGGACACAGACACCUUUCCCCUCCUAUGUCUUCUUCUCUGCAAUAUUCACCUGGCUCAGUGCUAGCUGCUCCUUUCUCCCUGAACAAUGCAAGGUUAGAGGUCACCACUCUGCCUAGAGGGAAAUGAACCUCUCAGAACCAUAAAGACAGAGACAAAAGGGCUCUAUUCAAUCCGUCUGUGGAAAUUCAGCGUUACAGCGUGAUUGAAAUUUAAAGGCAAUGUUCCCGCACUGCAGAUGUCAGCUCAAUAGGAAAUUACCUUUAAAUUUCUAUCUUGCAAUCUGUAACGCUUCAGCAAAACAGAUUCAAUAGAGCACAAAGACUCUAAACAUGGAACAAAACUCACAUGAUCCUCUCAAUUCCAAACAGGCGCAUCUAUAGAUUGUAUACUUAAUGAUUCUGAUACAGUAUAAUUCCAUGAGAGUCCCUGUGCAGUUUAUUCAGGUAUUGAUGCAUUCACACAGAAACACCAUUCCUUGAUUCAUACCAGUAAAAUACGUUGACAUUCAACAUUUUGAUCUGAUUGAAUCCUGUUAUCUUGUUUUGUUUGAAGCUACCGGCACUGAAUUUGCUACGAAUACAAUAUAGCAAAUAGUAGUUACUUGUCCUUUGAAGUACAUUCUAAGCACUGAAAGAUCACAUAGGCUACUGUGUGUGUGUGUGAGUGUGAGUGAGUGUGUGUGUGUGCGUGUGUGCGUGCUGUGUUUGUGUGUGUGCUGUGCGUGUGUGUGCUGUGUGUGUGCUGUGUGUGUGUGUGUGUGCUGUGCGUGUGCGUGCUGUGAGUGUGCGUGCUGUGUGUGUGUGUGCUCGCUGGUCAUCACCCCGACCUCAGCCACGUCGGCUUUGGUUUGGUGUGUCACAAGAUGAAAAGGAGCAGGUUAACCUGCUGACUUGUAAAGGCGGCACAAAGCGCCUGACAAAAGGAGGAGAGAAAGGCGGUGAGCUACUCCCUUCAUUAUGUUCACCCGCAGACACGGUUCUUCUUAAGAUCCAAGUCCUGAGAGCGGGGACGAUGGGUUUGUCUGUGUUUCAAAGCACCAGCCAACGGCUUAAAAGAACCUGUAACACAAAACAAAGGAUAGGAAGGACACUUUUAUCUGAUACACGGAUUAAUAUCACCCCCCAUCCCCUCUCCCUUCCCCCCUACAGCCCCACCCUAAGAAGGAGUUCCUGUGCAUUGUGCAGCUGAACAGAUUAUUCCUGACUCUUAUUUCUAAACAGAUUACUGCUGGUUAAUAACAACUCUUCUUUAACUGGAUUAGAAGGAUCUUUAGGCUUUUCUUUUUGCUUUGUUUGGUUUCAAUUGAUAUCGAACUGCAUAUAUAUCUUCUUUUUUUUUAAUUGUAAAAUACAAAUUGAUUACAAAAAGCUAAUAGGAGUGAACUUUUGGGAAGGAUCAGGAAUUGUGUCAUGAAGCAUGACGUUUUGGGAGUAUUUUUGUGAUUUCUUACUUUUUCCGAUCUGUUACGGAAAAAAGCGAUUCGUUGGUCUCUUAAAAGUAGAAUACAAGCAAUAGAAGUAGUUUGUGCGGGUUUUGUGAAGACUUUUCAUUUGAUUUAUUCGCAUUUUGUGUUGGGUGUGUUUUGGAGAUAAAAACAGACUUGUGUUUUUGAAUCCUUUUUUGGGCGGCAUGAAAUGUGAUGCUGUAACUGUACAUGUUGAAGAAGGGAACGAUCACUCCCGAGUCUAACAUGGCUUGGAAGGGGAGAGUGCGAGGGAGGGAUGACAAAUAGAGAGACAGAGAGAGCGAGUGAGAUAUGACUUAGACUCUCACUACAUGCUCUCCAACCUGUCUUUCCCAAAGAACGCCCCGCCAUGCCCUGAAGGGAAUAUAUGUUCCCCUCUGUGGGCGAUGCCCUUCAAUCUGAGUCAGCAUCCCCUUUCUGCUGACAGAACAUGGCGUAGUUGUCCCUUCAUUAUGAUGUCAUAGUUCCCUGUUGGCAGUGGAUCCAGACUGGCCCACACAAUGGCGUUGGUGUCUCCCUCUUUACAAAACCAAGAGAGACUUUAGUGAGAGAAAAACUGGAACUUACUGUCCCCAUAGACGACUGGUGUAGGAGUGGAGGGGAAAACACUACUGUAAACAUACUGUACAGCAGUCAGUUACCCUACACUAUGCAUUGUGUCUUUGGGAUAUAAUAGAACUAGUCUAAAUACUGGGGGUAUACAGAUUUAACAAGAGUUUUAAUCUUUGUGGAAAAAGGGCUAAGAUAAUGUUGAGGUUCCAUGCAUGCGUGUGUGUUUGUGUGUGAGAAUGAGAACCUGUGAACCAGUGAGUGACACAAUUCUCAACACAGAGGCUUACAUUUUGGGAUGGUACUCUCCCCCACCCCUGUGAGUACCAUCCCAAAAUGUAAAUGAUUCUCAUUAACGGCUGGGCGACAUGUGUGUGUGUGUUUGCGAAGUAAAUUUCCAUUCAUUUUAUGACCUGCUUUAAGGGGGUCUGUUUCUCAAUGGUUUUCACUAGUAGUUUUUCGGGGGGCUCUUCUUUUGUAAAUAUCAAUGACGUGGAAUUUAAAGUGAUAAAUACUGCCUUUGUAUUAUUUAGCAAUAUGUUGUAUAUAGCGUUUUGUUGAUGCUUUUUGUAUACAUUAUUAAUCAGAUCUAGUGCAGUAAUUCCAUCUGAAAUUGCCAUGGCUCAUAUAUACAGUGUAAUUUGUUACAUACAGAGUUUAGUAAGUUAUAGAAAAAAUAAAAUAUGGCUGAUUUUAGCUUUUUUUCUGUUGUUGUUGGUGUCUAUUUGUCUUGCAGAUUUUAUGUAAUUUAUUGGUUUAAUUUAUCCUAAUUUAUUCAAUGUUGUAUUUUUUUUCAACCAAUGAAGGCUGUACUGUAUUUUAUCAUGAAGUAGAACCAAUCCAAUUCAAUAUUAAGUCGACUUAGAAAAAAACAGAUUUUAUCAAGGAUACUUAAGAGCACUCAAUCAAUUCUCAGAAAUUGUUACAUGGGGAUUUUGGCAGCUAAAUUGAACUGGAAAAUGUUCUAAAAGGUACUUUUUGUUUGGGGAGAGGUAGAGGACAUAAAAGAAAAAAAAUACAAGUAUUUUUCUUUUUUCUCUCCAGGCUUUUCCCCCUCUACUGUUGUGGGCCUCCCCAAAGACAGUAGUUGAAUUGCCUUUCGUGCCUUCAUCCUCUAUGAACUGAAUGUAUGUGCAGUAUAUAUGCAAGCUUGUGCAAAACUAUGAAACAUUGAAAUAAAAAUGAAAGAAAAAGAUGACAGAA